GUCCACCCUGACGAUCGAGAACUGCAGUUCCGUCUUAAAGAAAACAAUGUGAAAUUUAAUCCCAGCGUUAAUAUUUCCAUUUAUCUACUAUCUAAAAAAUCAAAUCACAAUUUUACAAGCCGAGGUGGGCGGCAGAACCCCCGGAUUUGAGUGUAAAAAACUAAAAAGCGCUGGUGUCUGGUUACGACAUGUCGAGCGAAGAGAGCUACCGGGCCAUCAUCCGCUAUCUGACCGAUGAGAGGGAGCCCUACGCGGCAGGGACCCCUGGGAACACCAAGAGAAAGAUCCGCAAAGCAGCGACAUGCUACGUGGUCCGCAGCGGGACUUUGUUCUACCAGAGGCGGCUGAAGGGACAGAAUGACUUCACGGAGCUGGAGGUGGUGCUGCAGGACGAUCGGAGGAGGGAGCUCAUCACCGCGGAGCAUGUUGCUUCUGAGGGCGGCGAACACCUGAACCAGCAGCUCACCUGGGACUUCAUCUCACAGAAGUACUGGUGGAGAGGUAUCCUGAAGCAGGUGAAGGACGUCAUCAGAGAGUGUCCCGAGUGUCUCUACAGACGCAGCUCGGAUGACGGCGCUGGAAAUCGACUUUUCGCCCGACCGGCGCGACGCAAAACGACCGCCAACGCUAACGAUGAAGAGGAAGAGGAUGAAGAAGAGGGAGAUAGCUUAGUCUUCGCUGACUCGUCUAGUCAACUGAGACACAAAGCGACGGCCAAACACGAACUCGUCUUU